CUUGUUUGGCAGAGAGAACUUGAUAUCUUGAAGAUAUUGGUUGAAGUGCUUGUAAUCGAUAACUAGUCUGAGCUUCCCUUUUGCUUGUUCUACUCUAUUGUUUACGUAAAAUGCUUUGCACGCCCAUAGUGAAUUUGUUGCUGAGAUGAUUCAUUGGUUGACCAGUUGGUCACAUUCUCUGUUUCCUGUUGCAAUAAAGUAGGUGGCAUUCCUGCAUAAUUCACUUUUGUUGAAGUAGUAUGAACAUCUUCUUUAUAAGGUAAUAAUACAAAAAAACUCUGAAUUUAGCUACAAUGAAUUGUUGCACUUCUGAAAAAAAUCCGCAUGAGAAUCUGCAUAAAAGAUUAUGGUGAUUUUUUCUUUGAUCUUGUUGAAUUUAGAAGGUGCCGCAUCUUCAAAUGAGAAUAUGCGAGAUCUUCAUAAAUUUUUAAGUUUUCGAAAUUUUCUAACAUCUUCAUAAACCUUAGUUACUUUUCUAAUAUCCUGAUAUUUUAUUUUUUCUCCCUAACAGAAAAUAAAUCUAUUUACCGACCCAGAAAAGAAUAAAAAAAACUCAUUUGAUAAGAUGAAUGAGACUAAAUCAUUUGAUCUCCUGCGAGUUAAGCUAGUAAACUAAAAAUUUCCGAAGCAUCCAUGGCGAUAAUCGAAUUUCUGUCUAGAGAGUACGGAUACGUCGUUCUCGUCCUCGUCUUCUACUGCUUCCUCAACCUUUGGAUGGGUGCUCAAGUCGGCAGAGCUCGCAAAAGGUACAGUGUGCCGUAUCCAACUCUAUAUGCUAUAGAAUCAGAAAACAAAGACGCUAAACUCUUUAACUGUGUUCAGAGAGGGCACCAAAACUCUCUAGAGAUGAUGCCAAUGUUCUUCAUACUAAUGAUCCUUGGUGGAAUGAAACAUCCUUGCUUCUGUGCUGGUUUGGGUUUGCUUUACAAUAUUACUCGAUUCUUCUACUUUAAAGGUUACUCUACUGGAGAUCCCAUGAAACGUCUCACCAUCGGGAAAUAUGGUUUCUUGGGAUUGCUAGGUCUCAUGAUCUGUACCAUCUCGUUUGGUGUCAGUUUGAUCCGUAGUUGAGUUGAGCCAGUCUUUUGUGAGGUUUGUUCGUGGACUUUGAAUCCGGGUCUUGUAAAGUGACCACAAACUUGGGUAAUAAAUCUUAGAGUUUGUCACUUUGCUGCUUACUUAUGUUUUUAAAAGUUGUAAUAAAUCAUGGCGUUGUGUAGAACAGUUAAUAACUUUCACAUCCCUAUAGAAAAAUCUCAAGCCUUGCCUCCUCAUUAAGUUUGGACAUCUCGGUUUAGUUUUUUUUCUAUCAUCCUAAAUUUGUGAACCAAGUGUUUGAAAACAAAACAG